CUAAUAGAGAAUUUUUAGAUGUUCAAGAUGCACAGCGCAAAAUCCUGUUGACCUGCUGCACCAUCUGCAGCACUAGUACAAGGGCGAUGCUCUGAACAUAUACCAUGAUCACUCAGGGGGCCUGUUGAGAUAAUUGAUUAUUAAGUGUGAGUCUAGGAAUACAGGUACAAAAUGAACUAUCUGGGUAGCAAGUAAGAGUCCAAGGUUUCAAUGGCCACACCAUGAACCGGACCCUGAGCGCGUCAAAAUCCAUCAAGACCCAGAAAGACUGGCAAAAGCGGCUUGGUGUGAACUGGUAUGCAUGGACGUGCAUAUGGUGGGGAAGCCUUCUACUCGCAGCAAUCGCACCUGCACUUUUGGCUUACCUGGCUAAACUAGGGUCAGGAAUCAAGAACAUUGAUGCAGCAGCAGCAAAGGCGCUCACGUUUGAUGUGGAUCACCCUGUGCACAUCCCCUCCAGGGAUGAGGCAGUGCGAUCCUACGUCAAGACAGAUGCCACUCUGACAGAAUGGCAGGCGGGAAUGUCAGCCUUGUACAAACAGAUUGUGGAUACAACGCCAGUUGGAGAAAUAUCAGACUCGAGCAUGGAGUUCAAGUUUGAUGGCGAUUCGCGCCGGUACAUGAAAAGGUCAAUCACAAGGGAGAUCCGUGCGAUGGCAGUGACGCUCUAUUUCACAGUGGCAGCAUCGCUGUGGCUGCGCGAGAGUAUUCACUUGGCGCUCAUCAUGCUGCAGCUGAAUGUGCUGGAGGGACUGCUCGCGAUAAAGAUCAAGUCCCUGAAUGACUGCGUGGCCAAAGCCGUGCAGCAAAUGCUGGUCAACCAGAUGGAGUUUGCGAUGCUGCCUCUGGAAGACAAUCCUGUGGGUCUUGCACAGCAGCAGCUGUGCUUACAGAAGAUGGACCUCUUCUUUGAGAGCUGGAAUUCAGCGAGGCUGGGCCAAAGCCUGAGGAUACCCUUCAGGGACGACUACAUCGCGCUGCACAUCUCAGUGGUCUUCUCCAUAAUCGUGGCCACCAUGGUUCGGGCUCUGGAGAUCGUGCUCUGCGGCUUCUACCCCGGGCUGCCUCGCUUUGCCAUCGCUCGCCGCAUGCUGUCCUGGGUGACAGCAACAGUACAGGACAUGACCGAGCAUGUGCACCAGCCCACUGAGGGGCCAAGUGGCAGCCCGGGGGGCCCCAUUGCAGCUCAGGGGCGCUGGAUGGGCCUGAGAAUAGGCUUCAUGCGGCGGUUGAGCAGCAGGAGCGCUCCUGGAACACCGAGCGGACCUGCAGCGCAGCCCUCACCAGCUGCUGACAGGAGCAUGAGCCGGUCGGUGCUAACCCUGGCGAUCGCCUGUCUGGUGGUUGUUUCGCAAGCAGCUGAGCUCGACAGAUUAACCACCAGCAACGUGAGAAAUUUGCGGUGGCAGCCAUCCAACGUAGUGAAGGAGAGGGGUAGAAGAUUGCAACAGAGCGUUGCAGGUUCGUCAUUUGCCAACGCGAACAACAUUACCAGCACCAUCGUGAACGCGACUCGGGAUGGAGGCUUUCUAGUGACCGGGAGCUUGUUGCUAAAUGCAAUCAGCCCUUCCCAAGUCACAAUCCAGGUGCCGCAGUCCCUGACAGGAUUCAACACGGUGCUCAAUGCAUCAAGCCUGACUACAACGCCUGUGGCUGCUGGCGCUGGCUGCCUCUACAUUGCCUUCGCCAGCUCAGCCCCAGUGGACGCUUUUGUCUCCACCUAUGAUGACUUUGUCAGCCUUGUGACAGACAGGGGGUCGUAUGACAUCACGCAGAAGAAGCCGAUAGCAGGGUCGAGCUUCAUAAAGGCCUCAAAGGGGAAUGCGACAGUGAAGGUGGAUUCAUCUGACUACUAUGUCAUGGUGAUCGCCAACACUGCCAGCUCUGGCUCGGCAGAUGUGCUGUACCAGUUUGCAACCUACUCUGCAAACUCUACAGUGUGCAAGAAUGCGGGCACGCAGGUGUCUGUUGAUGCCGGUGGACAGGCAACCACAACAAAGGUGCCGCCCUCGCCAGCACCAGCACCCAAGAGCAACAUUACAGGCACAACUCCGUUCUUCUUUGACUUUGCAAAGCUGGCGGACGGCGAUAUCGAGCUGGUCACUGUCAUCACCAAUGCGGCCUGCAUCCGCUACCAGCUGCUGGGCCAGCUGAAGUCGGCGUCCUACUCGGAUCUGGACCUGGCAGUGUUCAUUACGGACACAAACAAGACGCUGGAGUGGGCGGCGGCCGGAUUCAAUUCGACGCUGCAGUACGCCAUCCCGGGCUCCAUCUGCGCGCAGAAUACCACGCGGCAGUCCAUCUGCGAGGCCGGCCUUGCCGAGCUCAAGCAGGGCGAGCGCUACUUCCUCUGGAUCGCCUCCGGGCUGCAGAACCCGGGCAAGGCGGCCAACACGGCCGACGCGCCGCUGCGGUACAGUGCGCGGUCGAACGGCACGUGCCUCGACUACACAUUCCCGCGGCAGCCGCGCACCACGCAGACCAGCGCCCAAGCCGCCCAAGCGCCCAAGAGGCAAGCCACUCCCCGUUGA